ACUAACUACAAAGUCUACAAUCAUCACUUUCUCUAGGUUUCCGAUCGACCUAGGGUUUUUUCAAUUAAUCAAAGAAACAUGUCUGUGGUUGAGAACAUUCUCAAGGGUUUUCAGCUAAGCGACGAGGCUGUAGCCGUGACGAAGCACCUUAUUACAUUAGUCUCUUGUUCCAACGAGAAAAAACUCCACCUAGUACUUGACUUGGAUCACACGCUUCUCCACACCACUCGUGUAUCAGGUCUCACCGAAGCAGAGAAGUAUCUAAUCGAAGAAGCGGGUUCGAAUAAAAGAGACGAUCUAUACAAGUGGCAAGUCCAAGGAGGAGAAGAUACCAUGGCGUUCUUGACAAAGCUAAGACCUUUCGUUCGAGAUUUCUUGGAAGAAGCCAACAAGAUGUUCACAAUGUAUGUUUACACAAAGGGUAAUCGCGAAUACGCUAAAUACAUCAUGAGCAUGAUUGAUCCUAAGCGAAUCUAUUUCGGGGAGAGAGUGAUAACGAGAGACGAGAGUCCUUACAUGAAGACGCUUGAUUUGGUUUUGGCUCAUGAGCGAGGAGUGGUGAUCGUGGAUGAUACACGUGAUGUGUGGCCAGAUCACAAGAGCAACUUGGUUGAAAUUAGCAAAUACAACUAUUUUAGGAUGAACAAGAGCAACCAGUCGAAGCCAUUCUCUGAGGAGAAAACUGAUGAAAGUGAAAACAAUGGUGGUUUGGCCAAUGUUUUGAAGCUACUAAAAGACGUUCACUGUGGAUUCUUUAGAGUCGUUGAAGAGAAAGAGCUGGAGUCUAAAGACGUGAGGCUGCUGCUACAAGAGCUAGAAUUUAAUCAUGCCGACAAAGAAUCGUUUAGUUCUGUAGAAACAUUAUAAAAGCAUCUGUGUGAUCUCUCGUUCAUAUGUAAUGUGUGUAUAUUUGC